AUGGAGUUUUUCCUACUAAGACGUCAUAAUUACUUUAAUGAUGCGGACGAGAAAAUAGAAUUCAGAAAUGGUAGAGAAUUUCUGAUGAGCGUGAACGACAGGCUGAACCAGAUGAAAGCUGCCGUUCAAAAUGAUAUGACUGAAUUCAAAAAAGAACUAGAGCUUAAGGAAGAGGAUAGAUACACGGAAACUAAGAAAGAAAUUGCAAAUCUUUCCCAGAACUGCUUGAGAGAAGACAAUUUCACAGAUAUACCUGGGAAUAUUUUACAGAUUUAUCUUCCCGAUGAUGCAACCAUAGCAAGAGAGCUGUGGAGGAUCAAAGAAUACGCAGAUGAAUUGGAAACAAUUAAGGAGGAAACAGAGGAAGAAUUGUACAAAGGAAACACUGGAGAAGACAUAAAACCAAAAUUUGCCAGCGGAGCAGAAUAUCUGGACUGGUUAGAUCGACAACUCCCUUACCUAGAACCAUUUUUACCAGAAAACGCAGAUCAUGUCUAUUUCUUUCGUCGAUGGAGUCGGGAGGAUUUCAGAUAUAGCCCUUGGCUUGAGACACUCUUUGAAGAAGAGCCCAGGAAAUUAACAACAGAAAAUAACGAGGAUGACAUUGAACCAGAAUUUGCUAGCGGAGAAGAGUACCUUGGUUGGUUAGGUCGACAACUACCAUGCCUUGAGCCAUUUGUGAAUGAUGACACUAUUCACGCAUGUUACGAAUUUGAGUGGCGAAAGAGAAAUGAUUACGCCCCAAGACUCAACACAGUGAUCGAGGAAACAGAGGAAGAAUUGAACGAAAAAAUAAUUGAUGAAGACAUAAAACCAGAAUUUGCCAGCGGAGCAGAAUAUCUAGCAUGGUUAGAUCGACAACUCCCUUACCUUGAACCUUUCUUACCAGAAAACGCAGAUCAUUUCUAUUUCUUCCGUCGAUGGAGUCGGGAUGAUUUCAAAUACACACCCAGGCUUGAGACACAUUUUGAAGAAGAACCCGGGGGAAAAUUGACAGCAGAAAAUAACAAGGAAGACAUUGAACCAGAAUUUGCUAGUGGGGAAGAGUACCUUGGUUGGCUGGGUCGACAGCUGCUAUGCCUGGAACCAUUUGUGGGUGAUGACACUAUACACGCAAGUUACGAAUUUGAGUGGCAAAAGAGAAAUGAUUACACCCCAAGGCUAAACACGGUGAUCGAAGAGAAUGUAAACGAAGAACAGAAAAAAUACAGAGUCUGUUCUAGCAAGAAAGACACCAGGGAGUUAGAAGACGAGGAUGUGAAUCCAUACAUAAAACUGAUGUUACAACCCACUGUGUUCUGUAUGGAGGUCUUAACGACACAGGACCCGUUGUCAUUGGCUGAUAUUUGCACCCAGAUGAUCCCUACUGAGCAGACUACAGAUACAGGUCACCCUGAAUAUGAGACAAACCUCACAGAUACAGAAAAACAAACCGAACAGGUAUGCCAGAAAGCAAGUAAAUGGAAUUUGUCUUUCAAGUUCUUAUGCAGAAAUAAGAAUAUCAAAGAAAGAAAGAAGAGAGCUCUUGGUUUCUUUUCCCGAUUCUUCCACUAA